AUGUCUAUCAUUGCUCAGAAGAAAGAUAGGCAAAGAUCUACUCGUACUCAAGAAUCAAAAACCAAGUUCAUGGGUUCCUCCGUCUCGUACCCAAUAGCCAUACUGCUAAUCAUGUGGGCUACUUCAGCUCUUUCUAACUCUGCUUGUUCUCCAACAUCGGAAGCGAGUGCCCUUCUUCGCAGCGGGUGGUGGCCCGACUAUAAGACCGGCAACGGUAGCUUGCCUCCUUGCAUGUGGCCCAAUGUUGCGUGCUACGCCAACGGCACUGUCGGAGAAAUCGGCCUGGGGGUUGCUUUCGGUCCGUUAGGACCCAAAUUCGGCAGCAUGGAUUUCUCCCUCCUCCCAAACCUUGAAUCCCUGUUACUUCCUUCCAAUGGGCUCACCGGUGGAAUACCCCUCCAAAUAUGUGGGCUUUUGAGGCUCGCCCGCCUCGACUUGUCCUUCAAUUCUCUCUCUGGCGAGUUGCCUUCCUGUCUAGGGAACCUAACGAUGCUCGAAAUACUCAACCUUCAGGGUAAUCUAAUCCGCGGUCAGAUCCCUCCGGAGAUGAGUACUUUAAAGGGGCUGGUCCAUUUGAUUCUCGGGCACAAUGAGCUGACAGGGAACCUAACGAUGCUCGAAAGACUCAACCUUCAGGGUAAUCUAAUCCGCGGUCAGAUCCCUCCGGAGCUCAGUACUCUAAAGGGGCUGGUCCAGUUGAUUCUAGUGGACAAUGAGCUGGAUGCGGAUCGGUUCCUGUCAGUCAUAGGAAACUUAGAGACUCUCACUCAUCUAAAUUUGAGCUUGAACAAUUUCAGCGGACAAAUUCCCGUUGAGUUUGGUCGUUUGACCUUGUUGCUUUAUCUCGAUCUCCACAACAAUUCUAUUUCUGGCGCAAUCCCUGAAUCCCUUAUCCUGCAGUUGCACUUAAAAUCCGUCAACUUAUCGUACAAUCUGUUCGCAGGCCCGAUUUCGAAUCUCCUUCUCACUGCUUAUUCAGGUGAUGCGUUUCUUGGCAACGAAGGCCUAUACCAUGUGAAGGAGAUUGCGCAGGGUCGUCCUCCUUCAAGAACUGAUCGGACUAUGGUUGUACUUGUUUUGGCUAUAUUGCCAAUGGUCUUUACGGUCAUUGGUUGUUGCUUCCUCUUAAGACGUGGAACGAAGAGCGAUGACACAAAGGAGACAGCAGAAAAAGAUGGAGAUUUCAUGUCCAUAUGGAAUUACGAUGGCAAGAUCGCAUAUGAAGAUAUAGUCGAAGCAACAGAAGACUUCGACAUCAAGUAUUGCAUCGGAACCGGUGGUUACGGCAGCGUCUACAGAGCAGAAUUGCCCAGUGGCAAGAUUGUGGCCUUGAAGAAACUUCAUCGUUUCGAAGCAGAGGACCCGUCUUUCGACAGGAGCUUUAGAAACGAAGUGAAGCACUUGACGGAAGUGCGACACCAGAGCAUAAUUAGGCUCUAUGGUUUCUGCUUGCACCGGCGAUGCAUGUUCUUGAUUUAUGAAUACAUGGAGAGGGGGAGUCUAUUUUGCACAUUGAGGAACGACAUCGAAGCAAUGGAACUAGAUUGGCCCAAGAGAGUGAAUGUCAUCCGGGAUGUGGCACACGCCUUGUCUUACUUGCACCAUGAUUGUGCUCAGCCUAUCGUUCAUCGAGACGUAUCCAGCAACAACGUAUUACUCAACAAUGAAAUGCAGGCUUUCGUGUCUGAUUUCGGCACAGCGAGGCUCCUAGAUCCUGACUCUUCAUCCAAUCUCACUGGCAAUAUUGCUGGUACAUAUGGAUACAUAGCACCAGAGCUCGCUUACAGUUUGAUGGUUAGCGAGAAAUCCGACACAUACAGCUUCGGAGUCGUGGCGAUGGAAACACUGAUGGGCAAGCAUCCAGGGGAGAUCAUGUCGGGACUAUCAAGCUCAGAAGGAGAAGGUAUCAUGUUACUCGACAUGUUAGACCCGCGCAUGCCCUUUCCCAGAAAGAGUUCUGUCGCGAGAAACAUUGUUCAAGCGAUUUCUCUGGCGCUUGCUUGCUUAAGUGCUGACCCAAAGUCACGACCGACGAUGAAACAAGUAACUGAAGCUUUUUCGGCUCGAAAGAUUUCAACAAUCGAGCCCUUCCAAGCAAUCUCACUUGCACAGAUCCGACAAAAUCUAAUUGGCGCAUCGAUGUUUUCUCGGCAUACUUGACAGAUAGUCUUUUAUGUGGGAAGCU